ACCAGGGGUGGACUGACCACUUGGAAACUUGGGCACUGCCCGAGGGCCCGGGGUCAGUAGGGGGCCCCAUGAGAUGCCCCUGGUACCUUUUUCAUAGGCUUUUUUGAGUUUGGGCAAGGAGACAGGGGCCCCAUGAUCCCCUAUUGCCCGGGGGCCCCAUGAGUUGUCAGUCCGCCCCUGACUGUGACUAUCGGUUACUGUUGACUGUUUCGCUUCCUCAGGAGCAGAAGGGGCAAAGAUUUGACUGCUACAUGGAGAACCAGCAACAG